GUUAGCAUUGAAUGGAAUGACUGUAUUAUACAUAGGAAUCAUAGCAUUGAUUGAGUGAACACUUGAACGCCAUUUAACAUUGUGUUAUAAACGCCCACUAAUUAACUAAACAUUAAAAUCAGUGAUAAAAUCAUUGAAUUAGCGACAAAUAGUGGCCACUAAUUGGCGAUUUGAAGUAAAAGUAAAGAAGUGAUAAAAAGAUGAAUUCAGAAUUAAUGCCAAUUUACGGGCCAUUCUUUGGCGUAAUGGGUUCGGCCUCUGCUAUGGUGUUCAGUGCGUUGGGCGCCGCAUACGGAACGGCCAAAUCGGGAACAGGCAUUGCAGCCAUGGCUGUGAUGAGACCCGAACUUAUCAUGAAGUCAAUUAUUCCCGUAGUUAUGGCUGGUAUUAUAGCCAUCUAUGGUCUGGUUGUGGCCGCACUUAUCGCCAACAAACUGAAAGAAGGCGGUGACGAUAGUAAUGGUGGUCUCGGCGGAGGUUACAAAUUAUAUCAUGGAUUUCUGCAUUUGGGUGCCGGUCUCAGUGUUGGACUGAGUGGUUUGGCUGCCGGGUUUGCCAUCGGAGUGGUCGGUGAUGCCGGUGUUCGCGGGACAGCACAACAGCCCCGACUAUUCGUAGGAAUGAUUCUAAUCCUUAUUUUUGCCGAAGUGUUGGGUCUUUACGGACUGAUCGUCGCUCUCGUCUUAUCGACGAAAACCGGAUAAAUAUAUCACCCGUUUUGUCGAUAAUUAUAUUUGUUUUUUAAUUAUGAUUUAUAUAGUAAAUGGUUUUACGCUAUGAUAACUAAUAUUAAUAUUUUUAUCUAUUUUUUAUUAUUUAAAGUAUUUGAUUAUCUAAAGAGUUAAUUGUUUUACAACUAAACAAACGGUCAAAUCAUUCCACUUAUUAUUUCAUAUCAUAGCGUAUCUAAAGAUAUUUAAAAAACUAGAUUUAUAAUCAUUAGAUAGGAUUUUAAUUAAAUUUUAUUCAAAAUUAAUUAUUUGUUAAAUUCAUUUAUUUUGUUAAAAACUGACAGAACUCUAAUUCAAUUAUUGUAUAGCCUAUUGCAAUGAUAUUAUUAUUAUGAUAAUCAUUAAACUAAUUAUAAAGAUAUAAUAUAACCAUAAUUAAGGAAAAAAUAAUUGAUGGUCUCAUUGAUUGUCUUAAAUAUUUAAGUGUAUAUUAUAAGGUUUCACAUUAUAAACUCCUUUUAAAUAAACUUUAAAAUCUAAAUUGUCUGUAAAGUCUUGAUAUGAUGGCUAUGACAACUAGUCAAACACUUUUACUUUAUUAACAUUUGUGAUGUAAACUCCGAAACUACUCAUUAUUUUUUAGGUGAUUUACAAAACAGAAAUUAAAAAUCGAUUUUGUGUUUUUAAAACAAAUUUUUUUUUUGAAUAAUCAUUAUUGUAUGAAAUAAAACAAUUUUCAUUGUAAGUGUAGCUAAAGAUAUGACAAUAAAGUUAUUCCAGAUUUAUGUGUAAAAAAUUGUAUUAUUUUAUUGU